AUGUUCCAGUCCGUCGUGAGUGGAUGCGGCCAUCGAGCUACAGGUAAGAACCUGGAUUGUCGUUUUCAUCUCCCAGGAUAUGGCCGCCCAUUGGACUUUGCACCUAUGGAGAAAAACGUAUAUGGCGUUGAAGGCCGUAGCAUGUUUCCUUCUGCCCUCGACGACCGGGAUAUCGAAAGGGGACAGCCUGUCCAAACCCUUCGAGAGCUUGCUAUGGUACGAGUCAUGGAAAGGAUAACUGACAUUUCCGAGUGGUGGAUAAAGAUAAAAGACCCUGAUACUAUCAACGUCUGGAAAGCCAGGGCCGUGGCAGGCGAAAAUGAGAUUACAGAGAACGGUGCGAAUUGGAUAAUCGAAGAGCUGACUUUCAAAGCAAUCAUAUACGAGAUGUUUGAAUCCGUGACACUGUACAGUGGAGAUGUCACCAAGUCCGACACUAAUGUGCCCAGCUCACUCGUCCUGCAGCUGCGUGAUGCAUCGAGAAUGAUUGAAUUCCACGAUACGGAUCUCCAGUUCUAUAACCCAGAUGCCAAAAAACAGCGUGAUCUCCUCGACAUGGCACUAUACCCGCUCAUUUACGGCAAGAGCCGGAUCUUACCUGACAAAAUCAUUGGACUGAAGGAUGCUAUACAAUAUGCUGGGAAGGGAGAUAUCAUCCCCAUCCCGAAAGAGUCAACGAUCACUCGGGAAGACAUGGCUUGGCGAGUAGCCUCACGUGCGGAUAUAGAGAUAAACCCGUACAGUCGGGAUUUCCAGAUCUUACCAUCUGACUUUGAGCUUGGAGAGGAUGGCAAGUGGCAUAUUAUCUCAUACAUCAAUAACCUCCAUCCUGUCACGUACCGCAAUGUGUACACUCUCAUUGAGGAGGCGUUUAACUGCAUGAUCCCACAGUGGAACAUGACCAUGACUCCGCUCAAGGACAUGCUGCAUUCUCGUUCUCGAAUUGAGUAUCACCAGGCCGAAUAUACCUCUCUAACUGAGGAGGUCAAGGCCACAGCACCAAGGAUUCAAGAGAAUGAGGCGCAAAGUGCAUUUGACGAGCGGUAUGAGAAGUGGGCGAUGGAGAAUUACAAGGUAGUCCAGCCGGACGUUGGCCAGUUCAUUCCUUGGGCUGUACCUGAAUGUAUGAUGUCAAAGUUGCCUGCAGAUUUACCAACCCCUGUUCGAAUUGAGCGUGGUGUUGAUCUGAACAAAGAGUACAAAGACCGAGGCUUGCAGGUUAUCAUUCGGAUCAUGGGCGUGGACUUGACACCAGAAGACCCGUUCCAUACAAGCCCCUGGCAUGUCGAGUGUGCUAUGAACGAACACAUUUGCGCUGCGGCAUUCCUGACCGUCGACUCAGUGAAUAUGUUAGCACCCGGUAUGGAUUUCCGCAAUAUAGUCGACACAUCAAUGCUAGCUGAAGUCGAGCACGAGCCGAACGACUUUGUCUGGCUGAAGCAAGUCUUCGGACUAGAGAACGGCGAGCCGGCCGUCCAGAUCUCAGGUACGAUUCGCUGCACACCAGGCCGAGUAGUGAUGUUUCCAGCCACAGUACAACAUAGAAUGAACAAAUUUGAGCUUGAGGAUAAGACUCAGCCCGGGUAUGCGCGUUUGUUGGCGUUCUUUCUUGUGGAUCCAAACAUUCGUGUUAUCUCCACUGCGAACAUUCCACCUCAGCGGUUCGACUGGACGUUGGAGCAAAAGAAUGUUGAUACAGAAGGAGUGACGGCUGCCGUGGAGAGAUUGGCCUUUGAAAAUAAGGACAUUAAAGGGGAGGUCGUGUCGCUUAGCGAGGCAUUAGAGAUUCGAUUGGAUGUUCUGAACGGUGUGCAAGCAUUCAUGAAGUAUCAGCAAGUCGCCUUUGAGUCAAAGGUCUUGAUGCUUUAG